AUGGAUAAUCCGUCCUCGUUACAGAGGGGUAUUGAUGGGAACGAUCAAACCCUCUUGACAUCACACCGACGGGAGACAGUGCUCCGAGCCGCGUACUCUCUAUUCACCAAUGAUCUGACUGCUCAUUUUGUUGCUUCUCUGACCUCCGAAGCAAUUCUUUAUCCCCUCGAAACCAUUGCUGUUCGACUGUGUGUUCAGGGCACUAGAACGCUGGUGGAUAAUCUUGAUACUGGUGACUCAGUCAUCCCUAUAAUCACCUCCUUUGAUGGAGCGUUUGAUGUUUUGCGAUACUCAUCCUCCUCGGCCUCGGGUUUCAUUGGUCUCUAUCGUGGAUUUGGUGCUCUCCUACUCCAAUAUGCAACUCAAUUCGCCUUCCUGGUUGGUGUAAAGUACGCCUAUGAGCGUGUCUUCUACUAUAGCUCUCUAGCAUCAAAUCAUCCACCUCCACCUCCGACUAGAAGACCUUCAAUACCUCCCGAUUACGAACCACUCAAUCAGCAUCCACCUUCCUUCCAACCUCAUACCUACUCAUCUGCACCUUACCUGUUGGAUCAUCAACCAACAACAUCGAUUUGGCAGCCGAACCUUGAUUCACGGCUUUGGGAUGCCUCGGAUCCAAAUUUAAACCUGGAAAAUGAGGCGCCUUCGAACCAAACAAGGUCUUCCUUUGCGUUUCGUGGUUAUAGUCCUGGACCCUAUGAUGCACCUUUAUAA